AUGGCGUCGUUUCUGCGGCCACCGCACAAGGGAGCAAGCUCGAGCAAGCCGUCUACGCCCACGAGUCGCAAUGCACCACCUACAGCAUUCCGACCCGAUACUGCACCUGCGACGAGUACGCGUCGACCACGAGAUGGAAAUCUCUCCGUCGCUGCUGAACAAGAGAAGCUAGCUAACCGUAAUUCGAGAGUGGGUGUCGACUUUGAAGGUGCACUAGCAAGCCAGAAUACGUAUAAACUCCAAGAAGGACGUGACUUUGCGACAAUGGGCGAAGAGGAAGAGAGUCCCAUCACCCCGCGAGAUGCCUACGACGCUGUUCCGCCAAUCGUCUACGGCCGUACAGGAGAUUCUUCACGGCCAGGAACUGCAAAUACAACUCGUAAACUCAAAAAGCCACGAAAUUCGUCAAGUCCGAGUCAAAGUCCACAUACGGGCCCGUCUGGGAGUCGUCCGAAUGGCUCUCCGGCAAACUCUGCUAGGCCAUCCAUGUCGGAUUACUCGUCUACGACAGGAUCUCCAGCUCCCAGCAAUCGAGACUUGCCAGACGACAUGGAAGGGGACGGCGUGCUCGUCCCUGCCGUUCGUGGUCACACUCGCACGGCAGGCGAACACCGGCAAGAAGAUUCAAAGAAGCGCAACUUGUUCCGUUCUGCUGCCACCGCCAGCAGUCCCGACCUCGGCACAAUCGUACGCAAGAAGAGAAGCGCCCCUCCUCAGGUGCCUUCUCUCCCCACUCACCAGCACGACGACGACGACCAGGCUUAUCCAAGUACAGACGUUGCUCCGAGUUCAAUGGCAAACUGGGCGGCGACGCUCAGUGGUCGGAAUAGGAGUAUGAGCAAAGUCGAAGGAAAAUCAUCAAAGACCUUGCGAGCCAAGACGGGCAACUUUCUCCAAAAGGUCUGGUCGAAUGCCGGCACAAUACGGGAAAAACCGCGUCCUGGUGAUGGGAGCACGCCCACAACACCUCAUCGUACUCACUUUGGAUCGCCGUUUGCAGAUUCCCCUCCUGUCCCUUCCAUUCCUCAAGAGUAUCGAUCAGGUCCAGCAAAUGCGUCCGACAUUUUUGCUCCCUCUGCCUAUCACUCGCCGUCCACUGCAAAAACAACGCGCCGCGCAUCGAAGCCUCUACCACCGAUAGUCCGCUCAAACGCCAGCGACUCGAGUCAUAAUCACCAAGAGAUGACCAUCUCCCCAAUCGACAAUAGCACCGGUUCAGUUUCUUCUCACACGGAGGGACUCUUUGCCAGCCACUCACCUUCAUCUGGCCCGUCUUUGGGUCAUAGCGUAUCUCCCUCGAGGCGACCUUCGGAUGUCGUUGCCCGGAUCAAGGCUAAUUCUAACGCCGAAGGAGGUCGACGGCGUAGGAGCAUGAGUGUAGGAGAUGCAGAGCAGUGGCACAAAACUCUCGACGUAAGCUCGUCCCCGACAAAAGUCAGAUCAUCGUCACCGCAGCCGCCACUGGUUUCCAACAAUCUGCUUGGGCCAAAUGAGCGCCCGGAGACCAAACGAACCAUCUCUGAUACCAGCACUCGUUCCUCGGCUACUGCAACGGCUAAGAAGGAGAGCUUGUCCAUCUCAAAAGAAUGGGAAAGCGCACUGAAAGGAUGGGAUAGCCAGAUGGCGUCGUUGGAAAUCAAGGAUCCGUCCAUGUCGCUUUCACCCGACUCGUUGGAUCCUAGUCCCAAAGGCCGACCACGCUCUCGCACACAAGAUCCAAUUCCUAUUCCACCAAGGUUGGAUCUCCAUCGAUCCGUAAGCGUGUCAAACGGGACGACACGCGCGACUUCUGUGGGCUCACCGCCUGUCGGAUUCAGGCUUAGCUCCAGUAGCAGUCUCAGUAAAGAUAAGGACCCUGGUACCCCUUCCGUCUACUCUACCCCUCCGACAGGAACCAGCCCAAAGACUCCGCCUGCCGACACCCCGCCCUCACCGACCACGCCUCGACGUCCAACUUCUGCAACGCGCAAUGUGAUUCCAUUCACCGGACCGAUUAUCAUUGGUACUACACCAGCCGUCAUUGGUCAAACAAUCACCACAGUCAAAAUACAGCGCGACCCUCCUUUGGCGUCGCCUGGCACGCCUUCUACAUUUGCAUCCGCCAUAUCGACUUCUUCCAGUCCUACAUCUCCCGCAACGCCCCUUUCUGCCCAACGAACGUCUUCUUCCUCGAAUCGCCCCAGUUCUCCUCAACUUGUCCCUCCCGUCUCACCUCGGUCCGCGACGUCGCUUCGCGUGUCGUCCCUUCGAAACACGGCUCGGCCCUCGCUUGCCGUCCUCGGUACACCAUCGUCCAAUAGUGGUGCGAACAGCGGCAGCCUUCAACCACCUUCUCGAACCGAAUCGAUGCCCCUCUCGUCCAACUCGUCGCCAAAGAUUCGACUCAAUUUUACGAGCCCGAGUCAGGAGAAUUUGAGGGUUGGUGGUGGGAUGGGUGGACGGAGUGGAGAGUUACGACGGAUGAGCUACAAUUCGAAAAAUCCUGCGAGCGCGUCCGAACCUGCGCUCGUCCCUCCGAGCGGUGGAAAUUCAUUGAGUCCGGCUGAUGACGGCCUCAAGACGAUUCGCUUGAUCACGUCUGGGUCCAAACUCGGUGGCCGGGCGGGUGAGAUUGUAGGCGAGGCUGGUGAACUCAUGUCCGCGACAAGACUUUCGAGUCCGACGAGUAGCGUGCGUCAUGCAUUCUCGACUGCGAGUGGGACGAGUAUGGAGCGGAAUGCACUGUCGCCUGAAGAGUUGGAUCAGCGUGGCGAGGCGAUUGCAAGUCGGAUUUGGGCAGAGGAUGAGACGUUUAAGAGCAAGGAAAAGUUUUCCGAGUGGCUUGGUGGACCGGAUACCAUCAACGCUAUUUCCCGACGACAUUAUAUGGAUCAUUUCGACUUUACGAAUCUGCGUAUCGAUGUUGCUUUCCGACGACUUUGUGCAAAGCUGUACCUGCGAGGCGAAUCUCAGGUCAUUGAUCGUAUCCUCAUCGAGUUUAGUCGUCGCUAUUGGGAGCACAAUCCAACCUCGAUUCUGGGAAGCGCGAGCAAUGUCCAUCAAGUCGUCUAUUCGUUGCUCUUGCUGAACACUGAUCUUCACGUCGCCGAGUUGGCUCAUCAUAUGACCAAGCAACAAUUUAUCACCAAUACCCUGAGCACUCUAAGUGCGCCCUCGCGGACAUCAUCCAAUGCGGCUACUCCUGCACGAUCAAUGUCACCCAUUCCGUUCGAUCAAGAUAUGCAGCGCAAAGGGUCCGUUGACCCUUCGAUUGGAUCCGUCCUCCAGAUCGACAAAGCAGAUCGAACGCCGCCCAUCUCGAUGCAGAAUAGUACGAUGCGCAUCAAGAGGAGUGGGAGCGUUACAAGUUGGAAAGGAAGUCUUUCGAGGGAACAGUCGGGAGUGUCGAGCACGUCUUCUGGACAAGUCGCCUUGUCCAAUUCGACUGGACCUGGUUCUGGGUCUGGUGGUGUGACGGAGCCUUCGUCGUUGAAUGGCUCGACGGUGUCGUUUCAGGACCCUGGUAUGCGAAAACAUUCGUCUGCGCAAGGCAGUGUCAGCUCGUUGCAAUACGUUGCCAAGGCUUGGGAGGCCGAAGUGGAGAAUUAUCUCAAGGACGUAUACUUGGCUAUCCGUUCGAACCAGAUCCUUCAGCCAACGCUCUCGACUGGCGCCACGCUCGGUCGUGGUAAUAGUCUGAGAGGGACGCCGGGAGGCUUGAAGAAGCUAAAGCAGCGUGAAAGUAUCCUCGGGUUCAGCAGUAUCAAUGGGAGCAGUCUUAGCUUUGGUGGUCGGAUCAGUCCUUCGCCAAGCUCGACGACGUCUAUCAACGACAGUCUGGCUGCGAACGCAAUCGCAGCUGCGCCCGUCAUUGGCUUCGCCUCCAACCUUAUCCAAACAAUCAUUGGCGAAGCGCAAGAAGACGACGUUCACAGUAUUCAUUCCGCGGCGUCUGGCUCUAGUGACGUGAGCAUUACGGAUGAAGAGCUUGCGUUACUUGGUGCUCCAUGGGCGAAGGAAGGCAUGCUCAGUCGAAAGGUGUACAACGAGAGCGUCGGAAAACGGGCCAAGAACAAAAAUUGGCUAGACGUCUUUGUCGUCAUCCAAAAGGGCCAGCUGAACAUGUUUGUCUUUGGCGCCCACAACUCGUCGAGCAGUUCUGGUCCAAGAGGAGCGAUGGGUGGUGGCAAUUGGUUGAGCAAUGCAACUAAUGUCGGUGAACAUAUGCUGGCGCACUCGCUCGCGCAUGUUCUCCCUCCGCCUGGUCUGACGAAGCGGCCGCAUUGCUUCGUCUUGACUCUUGCCAACGGAAUGUGCUUCUUUUUCCAGGCGGGCACCGAGGAACUUUGCAACGAGUGGGUGUCGACGUGCAACUAUUGGGCUGCACGGCAGAGCAAGGAACCGCUCUCUGGAGGCGUGUCGAAUAUGGAGUAUGGAUGGAGUCGCGUUGAACCAGAGGCGCUUGCGGCGGAGCAAGAAGACACUGCCGCCACGCGUAGCUUCUCCACACUGAACCGGACAGAUACAGACAACUUUAGUUUGGUCAGCUCGCGGAGCAAGAUUGGCGGAUUCCCGACGAUGCGAGGACAUCCACUCGCGGAUCGGAUCUUUAUCAACGACUGGCGAGCUCCUGGACACUCGAUGGUUGCGUCAGUGCAUGAUGAGGAGACCCAGUUAGAGGCGUUGCAGCGGCAGGCCGACAAGCUCGAGGCGGAGUUGCAAAUUCACAAUGAUUUGCGUGGACCGAUGAUUGCUCUGUACCCACCAAAAUCGAGUAACCUCACCAAAGCCAUGACCAACUGGGAGGCCAAGUCGCAAUACUUGCUUGCAGAGAUUGUCAAGUACAAAAAGUACAUCGAAUCUCUUAAAGCCGCCAUGAAGGAGCGUCUGCGAAGACGUGGUGAAAAGGCGUUGGAGCGAGCGUUGCAGUCGUCGAGCAACCUCGGUGCUGGAGCGGCCGAUCGUAGCUUUGGCUUGCCUGACGAAGAUUCGAUUGCGGAAGAUCAGGAGACCGAGACCGAGGUUGUGACACCCGGUGCGCAUCGGCUUCAGUUCAAGACUUCGUCGGCCUAG